AUGAAAAAAGAGGAGAGGAAAAUAAAUGAUUUUACUUAACCAAAAAGUGCAUUAAAAAAGGAAAUAAAAAAAGGAAAUUAGAGUAUUUAAGAUCAAAAUAACUUAAGUUAAAAGGUAUGAUAGAAAAGGUUAAGAAAUUAAAUAAGGUUCAAAAUAUGAGAUAACAAUCAAUGAUAAAGCCUAAUUAUUCACUCUUGAUAGUGAAUAAAAUCAAAUUGUUAAUCUAGAUUUAUUGAAUUCUUCGAAAUAAGAGAAUAAAGAAAGCUAUUCCAAAACUAGCUUUAUGACUUCGAAAAGUUUAGAACUAAAUUCAAAAGAAGAAGCGUUUUUAAAGAUGCUGAGUUAUAAUUUUGAAAAAAAUAAGAGGAAAGGAAAAAGAAAAGAAUGCUGUAUUAUUUGGUGA